UUUUAUGAAAUAUUAAACUAUUAAUAUUAUUGUUUUUGAUAUUUUAAAAUAAUGCGAAUAUAUAUAAAAAUAUAAAAUUGAAAUAUUCCUAAAGAAUUUCUAGUAAAAUAUCAUUUUGCGAUCUAGUGAUAUUUUAAGAUGUCUUUUCUAACAUCUUGUAUUAUAUAUUAAACUAGCAUCUCAAUUUAUUUAUAUUUUGAUUCCAAAAUAUUUUAAAAUAAAGUUAAAAGUUCUAUUUAUUUUUAAAACGCAAUAAUAUAAAAGGAUCACUAUGAAUAUUCCUCCGAUUCAACAACCAGGAACAAUUGGUGUAGGACAAAUGACACAGUCUGUAAAUGCUCAACUUCCUCAAAACCCACAACAAACACAACAGACACAGGUUCAACAGCAACAGCAACAACAACAGCAACAACAAACUCAAGAAAAACUUGAUAAUAUUUCUAAAGUUAAAUCAUUAAUUGUAUCAUUAAGAGAUUCAUUGGCCAUAGCUCUUAAAACUGCAGCACAUACAUUACAUCAAAAUAGUUUAGUAGAUGUUGGAUCUUUGAAAGGUGGUAUUGAUCAACCAGAUCAUAGAUUCAAUAAAAAUAUAGAGGAAUUUUAUUCUAUUUGUGACCAAAUAGAAUUACAUUUAAAAACUUCUAUAGAAUGUACAUCGCAAAAUUCUAGUUCUCUAAGAUAUCUUCCAGUACCUGUAAUGCCACAACGUACUGAUACUGUUGGUACUCAAGAAGCUUUAACAUAUCCUCAAUUUUUAAUGACUGUAAGAGCUCAAGUUGCAUAUGCUCGUGAAGUUCAUGAUACUUUAGUUUCUGCUGCACAAUCAAUAGCAUCAGGCGAAGUCAAGUUACGAUACUCUGCGCGCAUUCAGUUCGCGGGGAGCGCUCGUGCAGUGCGCGUUGUUGUCCCGUGUUCCUCUAGAUGGUUGAUCACGUGGGAAACAUUGCGCCGAGUUUUCGCGAUUCCGUGGCGGAGAAGGGCCGAGGGAAAGGGAAUAAAUGUGUGCGAGUCCGUAAUGGACAACCCUAGCGGCGGAAGAGAUAGUCGGUACGCAAGUCUUGGAUACAGCAUGGGGAUGAUAGGCAGCGACGCUGGCUCGGAAAUGUACGGCCGACCGUCCACCUCCCAACUUACAACUUCUCAAAUAAGCCGCGGUGGCGCCACCAUGAUGGCCGCGGCAGCCGCUGCAGGCGCACCGAACGCCGGCGUGGGAUCUGUACAAAGGGGUAUCAAGAGGACCACUUCGGACGUCUGUUACGAUGACAGCAAUGCACGGCAGGCUCUUUCGCAACAACAAGGCAUGUCAAUGUCUACUGAUUGUGUUCCUGAUAAUCUUGAGGAAUCAUUUACAAGUUUGGGUCAACCGAAAAAAUCACCUCCCUCAAAUGGUAAAAAGACCAAAGGACGGGUCAAAAUUAAAAUGGAGUACAUCGAUAAUAAAUUACGAAGGUACACUACCUUCUCCAAGAGGAAAACUGGAAUUAUGAAGAAGGCGUACGAGCUGUCGACACUGACAGGUACACAAGUGAUGCUGUUGGUAGCAAGCGAGACCGGCCAUGUGUAUACGUUCGCGACGCGAAAACUGCAGCCGAUGAUAACGAGCGAGGCCGGGAAAGCGUUGAUCCAGACUUGCCUGAACAGCCCGGACCCGCCCGCCUCCGGUUCCUCCGGUGACCAGAGGAUGUCCGCGACCGGGUUUGAGGAGACAGAAUUGACCUACAACAUAGCCGACGACGAGCAGAAAGAAGACGGCACUUCACCUAGGUCGGACGUGUGCGCGAACGAAAGCGACGGAGACACCAGUGAUGGCGAUUCUCCCGUGUCAAAGGAUCUGUCGAAAAAUCACUCGGGUAUAAUGUACCAGAUGCCACAGACAGUGAUUUACUCGCCAAGUCCGGGGGUUCUACUCGGUAUCGGUCAAAAUGGCCAGCCGGUGCAAAUAUCUCAAGAAGGAGGCACGGUAGCCCCGGUUAAUACGACGCAGAGUAAUCAACAGCCGUUCAUCACGAUACCGUUGAACGUCGCGAUGAGCGCCGCCGGAUUGUCGCUUCCGGUCGCCUCCAGGAUGAAUCUAUCGCCGUCGCCUCGAUCACCGACGACCACGACAACGGCCACGUCGUCGUCCAACUGCGAGCUGCCAUCGGAUCUGAGCAAAGAUCGUGAGUGAUAUAUCGUGGAUCGAGCCUCGAUUAAGAAAAACCCUCCUCGAUACCUGUCGCUCGCCGACGCACUAACUAAAAGGCUUGACCCGACGAGAUUGGACGGGGGCCAUCUUUUUUCCAAUCCAUCGUUUCGCUUCACCGAACGGGUACACGUUCGGUGACUCGUACCCGAGAACUCGAAAAUCUCGAAACGUGCACUCGAGAAAGAUGACGUCUUUUCGAUUCGGAUCGAUCGAUCCGACGAUCGGGGCCGCGGUCAAAGAAGCGUUGCUUUGACACAAGGAUCGCUCGACGAAUGUUCGACGAUUGAUAUAUGGCUGCCAAAUUCGAUGCUCAACAAAUGAUGGCAAACGAGGCCAUCGAACUUUUCAUACGAACGUUGUUGCGCAGUUAAAAUUUUGAGGCGAGGGUUUGAUACGAUAUUCGAUAUUGCUUAGAAUUUUCUUGGAUCCGUGAGCCGUGUCCAACGGGAAUUUUAUUAGCAAUGUAACUUAUUUCUUCGUGGAUCGAGUGAUAUCAUUUGUGUGUCAUUUGACCUCUCCCCUCCCGAAGAAAUUAUUUAUAAUGUUGACGAAAAAUUUCUAUUGGACGCGAUUAAUGUUACGCAUUCUAUGGAUAUAAUACACGAGUUAAUGUUCUUUUUUCUUUUUUUUUUUUUUAGUAGAUAAAUAAUAAAUAAUUUGAUCUUUGAUCAGACACGCAUGAAUUUGUUGUCAUUUUAAAGAAAA